UGAUGUAGGGGAGGGCCACUAUUAGCAGUGACAUUUUUCAUUUGACACUCCUUUUCCCUGUUCCCCUUUCCACAAUAGCUGCAAUGUAAUGUUUCAGUAGAGCAAGGCUUUGCAAAUUUGGCUCAAUGAGACAUGGAGCAAAUAGCUUUUCAGAGAGCUUCAAUUCAGCUGUCAGAAGGGGCAGUUUGGUCUCUGUGCAAGCAGUACUCACAUUCCAAACUGCAUUAGGGAAAAGCUGCUGGGUUUUUAUGCAUUUUUAUUAUCAGUUUCAGAUUAGGAAUCUGAUACUAAUUUUAUCUUAAAGCCUGUGUUUGGAGUACAGCUUAUAAUCUAAAACAAAACCAGGAUUGUGAUGUUUUUCUCUCACUAGCUUGCUCUUUUUUUUGUUUGCUUUUUUUUUCCUCUCCUGGCUUUACUCCAAGGACCUUUUCUGCUUUUUGUUACACUCUCGAGAUGAAGCACCGAAUGGUUACAGCAGUGCUGAUAGCACUGGUACAGGUUUCACAGAGUUUCCCUGCUUUGUACCACCGAGGCUGGUGGAGGCUGCUGAGGGAAGGAGAUAGUUGUGGAAAAUGUGAUUUGGCACUUUGCUCUGAGCCCAAGGACUGUCCAGCCGGGGCUGUGCUGGAUCACUGUGGCUGCUGUUCGGAAUGUGGGAACGUGGAAGGUCAGAUCUGCGACUUGGACCAGGGCAAUCAUUUUUAUGGGCAAUGUGGGGAUCACCUCGAGUGCAGGUUGGAUGCUGAUGAAGCAAGGUUUGGGGAAGUCCCUGAACCCCAGUGUGUGUGCAAAUCUCAAGAAAGCAUCUGUGGACCUGAUGGGAAAACCUACGAAAACAUCUGUCAGUUCAACAAGGCUUAUGCUGCGAAAAGAAACAUCAGCAUGAAACAUAAAGGGCCAUGUGAAUCAGCUCCUGUUAUUUCUAUGCCACCUCAGGAUGCCGAGAAUUACACUGGCAAUGAUGUAAUUUUUGGCUGUGAGGUGUCGGCCUAUCCUAUGCCACAGCUUGAAUGGAAAAAAAAGGGGAAUAAAAUGUUUCUGCCAGGAGAUGACACCCAUGUCUCUGUUCAGGCAAGAGGUGGGCCUCAGAAGUAUGGUGUGACAGGCUGGCUGCAGAUUCAAGGCCUCAAAAAAUCAGAUGAAGGCAUUUAUAUCUGCCACACCAAAAAUAAGCAUGGUGCAACAUAUGCCUCUGCAAGAUUGAAAGUCAUUGAUGGCCCAUCUCCUGCAUUUGCAUUUACUGCUGGCAGUAGAAGUGCAAGCUACAGCAUUGAAUAUGAGGAGUAUUAUGACAAUUCCGAUGAGGAAGAUGAUGAAGAAUAUGAAUCUGGGAACUACAAUAAUGAAAACAAUUCUGAAUAAUAAUUUUUAUAAAUCUCCUGUCCAAAUCCUUUCACACUGUUAUAUUUACCAGUAGUCUCUGUUCUGUAAAUGGCUCCUCUGAUAACACUCAUACUUACUUGCGUCUCCACCUUCCUGAAAUGCAGCUUCAGAUGAAGUGUAUCAUGCUACUCACCAGAAGUAAGAACAGUUGUAACACCAUAUAUCUAGACUAUUAAAUAAAAUGCUUCAGCAUGCACCUUUCUAUUAAGUAUGCCAAAGGGAUGUAAUUUUAUAUUAAUUUUUAAAUUAUCUUGUAAUUUCUUUCACACAUUCUAAUUUGUUGAGCAAAAAUGCCAAUAGUUAAACAAAUUUUUUGGUUUGUAUCAAUUUUAUUUUUAUCUGUAAAGUACUAAGAAAUAUCAAGAGAUUGUUCAUAUGGCAACAAGCCUAAGCAAGUAUGAAGGUUACAAAACAGUCUUUAAUUUCUUUAGUUCAUGUUUUCUCAUAAGUUUCAGCAGGAUUUUCCUUCUCAAAUGAAAUUUUCUGUGUCUCAUCAAAGGUGAAUUAUCUGUCUCUUGGGGGAUGUUUUUGUUUACUGUUAAUAGAUACAUGAAGCAAUCACGGUCUAAAGGCAGUAAGUACUGGUUUACAGUCAAUACUCAAACACAGCCAGAAAAGAUUCCUUGUGCAUUCAAAUCUCUGAGCACACUUUUGGGCUCCUUCUUGUGACAGCUUCUGCAUUGCUCCCCACAGCAAUGGCUCCCUUCCAGCACCCUCAAGCAGUUCAGGGCCUGCGAUCAUGAUCUUCUCCCUGAACAGGAUGCUGGUUGGUGGGCAUUCCUGCAGUUUAAAGGCAGCAGCUGCUCUGUAGCUUGAUGCAUGCCCUUCAAACACACAGGGAUUGCACUCCGGAGCCAAGAUCUGUGCUUUGUCUGGGGCUGUGAACAAGUUACCCCUAUCCCUGAGCCAUCAGCAUUGCCAGGCUGAAGAAAGAGCAGCAAAGCACCAGAACACAUGAACAUUGCUCCAAUCGAUCCAUGAACCAGACAGCGAAGGAGUUGGAGUCAAAAGUACAGCACUUCCAAGGGCUGAGUGAGCACCCUGAGAAAUUUCUCUGAUUGCUUUUGUUAACUAAUUAUAUGAAGGCUGGCUCUGAGUUAAUGGGUAAUGGAAAACACCAACCCUGCACUUACACCUCUGGUUCCACUGGCUGAGGGCAGAUGAACAGCAGUAAAUUACUGAACACAUUCAGGACUAAGGCAGCAGAAGCUCAGGCAUCUGCAGAGAAAGCCUUGGUAUGGGCAGGCUCCUUGGGCCGAGGCACAGCCCUGUGCAGUGAUCCCUGCACACACAGAGCUGCCCACCAGCUGGAUUCACGGUGACAGGGAGCCUUUAAGGGCACUGUACACGCACACUAAGAUUUUUAUAAGAUUUUUAAUGCAUAUACAAUGCCUCACAAAUUCGUCUUUUUAUGUGCUAUUUGUGCCUUUUUUUUUUUUCUAUCAGAAAGAUUUUUCUUUUAAAUUUGAAAUUCUUUAAGAAAUUGGCUAUAGACAGUGUUUGCCCUGAGGUAUUAUUGACCUCUGUCCAGCAAACAACCAAAGAAUAAUUUAUCUCAUUUCAGGCUUCAUGGGGUAUUGUCAGCUUAUGAGAAGAAAGUGUGUCAUUGUGUUAUUGAAAAAGAUUAAUUAGUUUUAAUUAGGAAUAGGAAGUGGCUUCAUAUUUAACUACUGAUUUUGUUUUUAUGGACUCUUCCUGGUCUUAGUGAUAUGUUAAUAACUUUUUUUGCUAAUCCACUAUAUGUUAACUUAAAAUUAUCUGAUAGAAAUUAGUUAUUACUUUUUAUGGAACUAUUUAAUAUGCAGACAUAUCUUCAAGAUCAGUUGUGAUCUACAUUGCAAAUUAAUGAAUUAGAUUACUAAAGUAAAUAGUGGCAAUAUAGAUUGGUAUAAUAUAGCACAUGGCACAGAAAAGAAUCCUGAAAUCGUUAGCCAUCGAAAGAAAUUAGAAUUCUUCAGGGCCUUUUGCUGUUGUUAAUGGAAAAUGAAAAACAGAAAGAAAAGAAUGUUUGAAUGAGAAAAUGUGCAGCACAACUCUAGCAAAUACCUGCAAGUGUUUUUCCUGAUGGAGUAGGUCUAUUUAAGAAAAGCUAACGGUCCCAGAACAAAGAAUUGUAAAUUAAAUAUGUUGUAUUUCUCUCUCUAUGUAUUUUUAUAUAAAAUGUAUAAGUUUUUGUAAAUUAUCAGCCAUUCCUUUCAGUAAGAAAACUGCAUUUUAGGGAAAAUAUCAGUGUGAUGCAAAAAAAAAAAAAAAAAGGAACACUGGUACCUUGAACAAUUCUUAGUUUCUUUUUUUAUAGGAGGGGACACAAAAUACUCGUUUUGUGUAUAUGCUUUAAUCAAGCAAUUUAUUAUUAAAUUUAAAAAAGCAUGGAGAAGGUUCAGUCGUUUCUAAGCAGUAGACUGGAAUGGAUCUCAUUGUGAAUGCAUUGCCUGUAGCAACAGAUCUGUUCAUGUAACCCAAAGGAACGGCAAGUUGAAGAAGGGAGGUUUAUUCCACCCAGUGGGAAAUGAGCCAGGCUUGAUCUGAAAAUGAUAUAUUAUUAGUCCUGGUACUGUAUUUUGCAAGGCAGACCUAAAGCUUUCUUUAAUUGAGCUUCCACAGAAGACUGUUAGACUUUGUGACAUGCACAUCUGAACUUCAUGGCACAGCUUCCUCCUGUCACACAAGCAUCUUCACUGUGUCAUUUCCUCCUCCCUUGUGAAGGUAAAGGAAUUGUGCAGAAGUUGCUAAAGAAAUUCCACUGCUUGAUGCAGAAGGUCCUUUGGGCAAGACCCUGACAUAGGCUGGGGUACUUUCACAAUCUAAUGUUAUUACUUGCUGUGUUCAUGUUGUGUCAGCUAUUAGUCUAGAAAUCCAUUAAUUCUUUAGCUAGAGCAAUUUUUUUUCCCUUAAAAUAAUCAGGAUAUAGCUGACAGAAAUUGGAUAUAAAAAGGCAAUUGUCUGUGUUCCAGAGAUUCAAAUGAUUCAAGUGAUGGUUAAAGCGCAUGCCAGGGCUGCCCUGUGCAGCUGAACUCAGCGUGGGCUCGCUGCCUGCCCUGUGGAAUAGCUUUAUGCUCUCCCUUCUGUCCCUGCCCAGCCGUCACCUCGGGCAGCAGACCCAUGCCAGGGGGACAGAUGUUUCUGGCCAGGAACAAACACACUCCAGACAAGCUGGAAAUUGGCUCAUCCUGCAGGAAGCCCAGCUCUCACUCACACUUAGGUACAUAUGCUCUCCACAGACUCUGCUGUUGAACAAUUUGUUUAUUUAUUAACCCCAUUUCCAUAAUUUUGCUUGAGACAAUUAAUGAAGGUUUUUUGUAUAAAAGCAUAUGGUUCAGUGAUUCAACUGUGAUAGUUCAUGUACAAAGAAACCACUCUUCCUACCCUGAUUAAAUUGUCAUAAUAAUAGUUUCUCGA